CAUCCUCAGUACACCCGCCUUCCCUGCACUGACACCGAGCGUCGUCGACGGCUGGAUCCUGUGAGGAGAAAUCAGCGAGAGGACAUUCGGCCGCGUGUCCGGUAGCUGGGGUUUGUUUUCUGACCAGACAUGGAUGAUUUUGACCUGCUCAGCGCGCCUCAGGGCACCGCGGGGAACGGUGUGGGCGGUGAGGAGGAGGACCCCGCGGCGGCGUUCCUGGCGCAGCAGGAGAGUGAGAUCGCGGGCAUUGAGAACGAUGAAGGCUUCAGCAUCCUGGACGGAGGAGAGAUUCCACAGAGCCUCGCGGACACCGAUGGAGCACUGAAUGGGGAUUUGCACGAGACUAACGGCCCCUCUGAUCUCUAUGCUGCCAUCUCCAGUGUAGACCGCAUGCAGGCGGAGCCCGAAAGUCUCCGCAAGUGGAGGGAGGAGCAACGUGAACGACUGGAGGCUCUGGAUGAGAACUCCUGUAAACAGGAAAUUGAGUGGAAGGAGAAGGCGAAGGAGGAGUUGGAGGAGUGGCACGCUCGCCAAGAAGAAAUACUCGCCAAGACUAAAAUCAACAACAGGGUUUUGGACGAGGAUUUCUACAAGCAGCCCUUCGCUCACCUGAUCGGUUAUGUCACUCAUAUUAACCAUCCUUGCUACCGCCUAGACCAGGCGGCGGAGGACGCCAUCAUGUCGGAGGUGGAUGACAGCAGUCCGGGGACGGAGUGGGAGCGCGUCGCUCGCCUCUGCGACUUUAACCCCAAAUCCAGCAAACAGGCCAAAGACGUGUCCCGCAUGCGCUCGGUCCUCAUCUCACUCAAACAGACCCCGCUCAUGCGCUAAACACACACACACACACACACACACACACACACACACUCUCGCACUCGCACAGCUCCCAGCGGUUCAUGUGGGUCGCAUCACUUCCUGUCUGCGCUCACUGAAAUCUCUCACACACACAUCUAUAUAAUAUAUCAUAUUAUAUUAAUACAGAAUCUCCCAGCAGCCCCUGGGGCAGAGCUCUUCCUGUCUGAGUAAUGACCACACACACACACACACACACACACACAUUCCAUCUAUAAAUAUGUCCUUGUGUAAUAAUGAUACUUGUUUGUUUUAUGGACCAAACUUCAGGAUUGUGUUUCCAUUUACAGCUGUGUGUGUGUGUCUGUGUGUGUGUCUGUGUGUGUGUCUGUGUGUGUGUCUGUGUGUGUGUGUGUUAUCCAAUCUAUGCAGGACUGAAGUGUAUAGCCUGUGUGUGUGGUUGUUUGGUGGUGUGUGUGUGUGUGGUUGUUUGGUGGUGUGUGUGUGUGUGUGUGAGCGAGAGUAAAAGCCGGAUCAGUGUACCCUUCACAGCUAGUCGUUCAGAACUCCGCACUUCGGUUCUUCUUCUUCUCGUUGUUGUUUUUGUUGAAGAUUCUGAUUAAACGUGACUGAAACAUG